AUGCUCGCACAGUCUUUCGGAAUCGUGCCUAUGGCUAACAGCCAGAUGCUGUCCUACAAGCCCUCCGACUGGGUGUUCCACAGGAACUUUGGAUGGUACGGCACCGCCGGAGUUGGUGAGGGCGAGUUUGACAACAACCGUGCUGCCCGUGGCUAUGACUGGUACUGGGAGGGCCCUCCUUCCUAUGUCCCCAACUACUCCAGCUGGGUCGAGAACCAGUAG